GUGAAAAUCUCGCGAGAGCUAUUUGUCCAAUCAUGAGGCCGGUGGCUUCACAAGAUGGCGGCGCGCGGGGGGUCGUAGCAUCUGCGUUUCUAGGAACCUCGCGCUGCAGGUGGCGUAAAAUUUGGCGACUUUACAAUACCACGCCAGACAAGUCGUUGGGCAGAAGCAUCCGUCUCAGAGAUGGCUCUGAGUAAAUCAAUGCAUGCAAGAAAUAGAUACAAAGACAAACCACCUGACUUUGCAUAUCUGGCAUCCAAAUAUCCAGAUUUUAAGCAGCAUGUUCAGAUAAAUCUGAAUGGAAGAGUAAGUCUUAAUUUUAAAGACCCUGAAGCAGUCAGAGCUUUGACCUGUACUCUUCUCAGGGAGGACUUUGGACUUUCUAUUGAUAUUCCAUUGGAGAGACUAAUUCCCACAGUUCCUUUGAGGCUCAACUACAUUCAUUGGGUGGAAGAUCUGAUUGGGCACCAGGAUGCCGACAAAACUACGCUUCGAAGAGGAAUCGACAUAGGUACCGGGGCAUCCUGCAUCUAUCCCUUACUUGGAGCAACCUUAAAUGGUUGGUAUUUCCUUGCAACGGAAGUGGACGAUAUAUGUUUCAACUAUGCAAAGAAAAAUGUGGAACAGAACAACUUAUCUGAUCUCAUAAAAGUGGUAAAAGUACCACAGAAGACACUCCUAAUGGAUGCUCUUAAAGAAGAAUCUGAGAUAAUCUAUGACUUUUGCAUGUGCAACCCUCCUUUUUUUGCCAACCAGUUGGAGGCCAAGGGAGUUAACUCUAGAAAUUCUCGAAGACCUCCACCUAGUUCUGUAAAUACAGGAGGUAUCACAGAAAUCAUGGCCGAAGGAGGUGAAUUAGAGUUUGUUAAAAGGAUCAUCCAUGACAGUUUACAACUUAAAAAAAGAUUAAGGUGGUAUAGCUGCAUGCUGGGAAAAAAAUGCAGCCUGGCUCCUCUGAAGGAAGAGCUCCGCAUCCAAGGGGUCCCUAAAGUCACCUUCACUGAGUUCUGUCAAGGUCGGACAAUGAGAUGGGCCUUAGCCUGGAGUUUUUAUGAUGAUGUCACAGUACCAUCACCACCAAGUAAGCGAAGAAAAUUAGAGAAGCCAAGGAAACCCAUUACAUUUGUAGUGUUGGAAUCUGUGAUGAAAGAAUUAUCUCUCAAAGCAUCAUCUUUGGGCUCUGAGACGGUGGAAGGCAUAGUGGUUGUGACAACAUGGAUAGAAAAAAUCCUCACCGAUCUGAAGGUCCAGCAUAAACGAGUUCCCUGUGGAAAAGAGGAAGUUAGCCUUUUCCUGACAGCCAUAGAAAACUCCUGGAUUCAUUUAAGGAGAAAGAAAAGAGAACGAGUGAGACAGCUGAGGGAAGUGCCGCGAGCUCCUGAGGAUGUCAUCCAGGCCUUGGAGGAGAAAAAGGCCACCUCUAAAGAGGCGGGCAGUAGCCAAGAUGUGGCCUUGGCCCCCCAGGAGAGGGCCCUGUGUGGGCCUGCCAUGCAGGAAGAUGAGUCUGCCACUGUUGGGGGCCACUGCCCAAGCCAGGAGUCCUUGUCCCAGGAGGAAACCCCAGGAUCCCUGGAGGAUGAAAGGAGUGAGGAAAAGGGAGGGACAGAGGUUGUAGAAAGUUGUAAGGGCUCUAGCAAUGGAGCCCAGGACCGGGAGGCUUCUGAGCAGUUCAGCAACCCUGCAGUUGACAAAGGGAAGCACCUCCAAGGAGCAGGUGCACAGUACCUAUUCAAGUGUCUGAUAAAUGUCAAGAAGGAAGUAGAUGAUGCCUUAGUUGAAAUGCAUUGGGUUGAGGGCCAGAACAGGGAUUUGAUGAACCAGCUUUGUACCUAUAUACGUAACCAAAUUUUCAGGCUUGUUGCUAGUUAACACCAAACUUCUUGAAUAGUGUGUGUAUGGGGCUGGGUGUAGGUAGCUCAGUGCUGAUGCGUGUGCUUGUUGUACAGGAAACCCUGGGUUCAAUUCCCAGCCCCCCCCCCCAAAAAAAAAACA